AUGCCGCCGCCGCUUCCUCCCCCGCGGCGGGCCGUGCAGCUGGCGCCGAGCUCGCUGGCCCUGGUGCUGCGCCGGCGGGAGCGGGGCGAGGCGGGCUGCGAGGAGGAGGAGGAGGAGGCGGCGGCGGAGGCCGUCUUCGGGGCGUUCCGGCGCGCCAACGCCGCCUGCCCCUGGGACGCGGGGCUGGCGCGCGCCGUGGCCCGCGUGGGGCUGCAGGGCUGGCUGCGGGGCGGCGUGCUCCUGCUGCAGGGCCCCGCCGCGCCCCUCCAGCGCGUGCGCGACGCCUGGCUCCGCAGGGCGCUGCGGCCGCCCCAGGGCUUCCUCAUCAAGGCCGUGGGCGAUGUCUCUCCAGUUCACAUGAAUCCCAUUUUGCAGUCGCAGUUUGUUCCUCUGGCAGAAGUCUUGUGCUGCACUAUCUCUGAUAUGAACGAGGCUCACGUGACUGUGACGCAAGAAACCUUACUGGAUCAGCUGGGCAAACACUACCCAGGCAUUGCAACUCCCACACAUGACAUUUUAUACAAUACGCUUGGAAUACUAAUUAAAGAACGGAAGAUCUACCAUACUGGGGAAGGAUACUUCAUAGUGACCCCAAAUACUUAUUUUAUCUCUAAUAAUGCUGUGAAGAAUAACAAGAGGGUCCUUUUAGAGGAUGUUGGCCCUCGGGAGUCAUCUAUCACGUACCUUGUAAGCAUGGAGGACUCUACAGAGCUUGUGAAAGAGGAUUUUCCUGUUGCCUCCCACUGCAGAUCCUGUCAUUGUUUCCCCGACCAUACUGGGGUGGGUGAACCUCAGCAGCUGUCAAGCCAUAAGGUUAAUGGGAAAAGUAAAAAAGGGUCUUGUGAAUCCAGAUUAUCGGUUCAAAAUCCAGCCACCAAUACACUCCCCGGCAGCCGUUCUUGUGAAACUUCUCACUCCUCGCAUUCAGCAAAGGAAAAAGAUAAGGGUAAAAAGUUUGGACUGAAUUUUUUCUGGCGCAACACUUCUAAAAAAGAAAAACCUAGAAAAGUAUACUGCUCAUUUUCUGCCCAAUUCCCUCCUGAAGAAUGGCCAGUCAGGGAUGAAGAUAGUUUGGAUAAGAUCCCACGUGAUGUUGAGCAUGAAAUCAUCAAACGCAUCAACCCUGUGUUGACAGUAGACAACUUAAUUAAACACACAGCUCUGAUGCGGAAAAUUGAGGAAGAGAAAAAAUAUAUCAGUAAAGGCACAUCGACAGAAGUGUUGACUGUGAAGCACAAACAUCUUCCCAAAGGGUGUGUGAGGAAAAAACACAGCAAAGCUGCAAAGCAUCGCAGGAAAGCACAGUCUGGCAAAGAAAAACAGGUCCGUAAACCAUCAAGAGACUUUAAAAUGGAUGACCUCAUACCAGCUAAUGGCAAACUGGGAAACUGUGUAGAACAUCCAUCAUCCUGUAUGACAAAUGAAUAUUUACUUUGUGAUAAACAACUGUGUGAGAAUGCAACAGAGGCUGAAGCAUGCUUUAUACUCAAGAAGGAAAUUACUAAUCCCUUUCAAGAUAUUCUUCGUAGAGGGAAUAAAUCCACAAAAGGACAUAAAAGUCGGAAAUAUGACUAUGUAAAAUCUGCAGUUCCUAGACUGGAGAGGAAUUUUCUACAGUCCCACUCUUUGGACUCCUCAGAAACUAUAGACUGUAAAACAAAACAGUGGUAUGCUAUCAAAUGUGGUGAUGAAGGUGACAGAAAGGAACAUCUGGCUGCUGAUUGUUCCAGUUUCCAUUAUGUUGCAGACCACUGUGCUGAACACUCUGAUCGCUCACAGUACCGAGCUUUACAAACAGGUGGCGAAUAUGGGUCCUUGGGAGAAAGUAUGGCUUAUAAACAUAAUUCACAUAACGGACCAAGCCCCAAAACCUACGCUGCCCUCCUGGAUGGAUCAGAAAUGAAGUCUCCACAAGAUUCCAGUCGUGCACACCAGUGUGGCAAAGCUGGCCUGUGUAGCUUACAGGAUCAGAAUUCAGGCCAGUUAAGAAGUGUGUGUUUUCCCAGCGACACAGAGGCUGCUCCCCAGUUGAAACCAUCUGAAAAUGUUGUCAUGCAGAGACGUGACGGGGAUUUAAAGAUGGAGCUACAGUCGAGCAAUGCAAGCACAUGGCAUGGAUCUGUUAACCCCCAAUGCAAAGGAUGCUCUUACGACAAGCCAGUUCCAUACCCAAAAGGGCAGGAUGCUGAUGGUUGCAGUUCACUGCAUCGUGAUAGUGAAGAGCAGCUGUGUAAGGAAGUGUCUGAAUUGCCGUCCAACCAAUCUCCAUUUAGUUCUUCAGACCCAGGGAGGCAAAAUGACAUCAAAUGCAAACAGGGCAAUGACAUGUUAAGAAGCAGGAGUAUAAAUUCUCAUUUCCCAGGGCAUGGAACUGAUACAGACCAGGUUGAUUCUUGGGGGCAUGAAGGGGAUGAAUUUUUUAGCAUUACUAGGUCAAACAAAAGCUCCAAAGAGUAUCAGAAGACAAUCUUUGAAGGAGAGAGUUGUGUCGUCCACCAGACAUCGAAGGGUAUUUACAAAAGCCAUGAAGAGGGCAUGGCUCUUGGUGGACAUGGGCAACCGCCGGAGACCGCCAACACUCUUGUGCUUAAUUGCUGUGAUUUGCAUGAGGCGGAAGCCAGAACUUGGCAGGAGUCAGUAAAUGAAGUGGACGGGAAAUUGGCAUCCUUGCCCUUGCCCUUCAAAGGCAGAGAAGUUAAGAUGAGCAUCGUGGAAAGGCCACAGACAUUUGGCGAUGCGGCUAGCGCUGUAGAUCAGUGUCCCCAGCGUGAACAAAACCACUUGGAAGGGACAGGAAGCCACAGCAUAACAGGAGACAGUGGAAUAGAUUCUCCAAGGGACCCGCCGCCGCGCCCCUGUCUGGGCGCGGUCCCUUCUCCGGGCCCGCGUCUGCCCCCCUCUCCAGGCCGGCACGGCCAGCCAGCGGGGGCCCCAGCGACGGCGCGCCUCCCCGCCUCCUCUCUGCCUGCCGCGGCCACCGCCGCGGCAUCGGGCCGGGCUGAGGCGCUGGGCCCGUCCGCGGUCGCCGCCCGGGUGCCGCCUGUCGGGGCUUUGCCUCGCCCCCCUAACGCGGCCCUCGGGGGCACGAGCCGUCGGCCCGGUCCCGCGGCUCGUGGGGACCUCCCGUCUCGCGCCCCACCCACCGCCGGACCGGAGCGGCUGCAGCUGCUCUCCCAGCAGUUGCUGGGGUGCUGGGUUUUACCGGAACAGGAGUGGCUGCUGGGAGCGUUGUUGCAGUAUCGCAGUCAGUUGGUGCUGCAGGUGUGUCAGCUGCCACCAGUGUUGCAGGAGCAGCUGGAGGAGUACUGCUGGGUGCCUUGUGUACCUUGUUUUAACUCAGGGGUGGAGAACCAUCCCUGUUUUAACGGAAGAGGGAAAAGUGGCUCUCCCAGCCCUUUGGAAGAGAAGGAGUGCUCUGUAUGCUUCAAGAUGACACUUUAUGUUUGUAGAUUUGAAUUCAAAUGCAUCUGCCUAAAGAAUGUUCACAGUGCAUCUGAUGAAUGGAACCCUGAUUCAUUAAAGCUUAUCCUGGAAUAA